AAAACACACUUAAAAAAACAAACUCGUAAACAUUGUCGAAUAUAGGUUAUUUUUUAUUUUUUCCAAGAAAUUAUCGAUAUACUGUUGUUACGAAGGCGACAUCAUUCUAAAUUAUUAUAAUAUUAAUUAUUUUAACGGAAAUGUUUGCAGUUAUUUACUAAAAAGUUAAAUUUUGUGUUAAAAAUGUCUCAUCAGCUGGGCCGCUGUGUUUCUGAGAUUCUGAACAGAUAUUUCGGUGAAAUAGUGCAGAAAGUCGGGAAUGAUUUAUUCACGUAUGGCUCCAAACCUAUAGCUUUGAUAAUUAAAUCUACAGGAUUGCCUAGAACACAGAUUAUAGAGAGUCUGCGAACACUGCUAAAGUUUGAUCUUGCAACAUUUGAGCCAUCUGUGAAUGAUUUAAUAGCAGAUUACAGACUGUUACCAGAAAAUGUUCUUUUAUUAAUUCGAUAUCCAAGGUAUCUCUUACAAAUUAAGAGCAAGUUCGGUAGCGAGGCAGAGCUGCUAGUGGAAGAGUUACUGCAGCGAGCCACAUACACUGCCACCAUGCUACUGGUCACCAUCGCUACCAAGUACAAGGAUGAUAAGGAGAAGAAUAUAUCGGUAGUGAAGCUAAGGGACACAUUCAUAAGCCUGGCCACAGCGGGGUAUAUCCAGCAGGCUCCCGUGGCCGAACUGAAGGAAGGCAGUGAAGUUCCCACCAUGGUGCCUGUAGCCACCAUCGUCCCAGACUUGGAUGCUCGCCUGCUCGCCAACGCUGUCAACACCGGGGACCUUAGUGAAAUUAAUGAUAAUAUAUAUUGGAAAGUGAACUAUGACAGAUUCCAUCAAGACUUUAGAGACGAAAUUAUGAUCAAAGCUAUAACUCGGCGGAUUGAUGAAAAUGCGGGCGAGGCAAUGCGACUCCUUCUCCAGCAGAUGUACCUGUCAAGCGCGGCGUGGGCAGCCGAGUCCGCGCCGGUGCCUGCGCUCGAGUUGCGCGAGUGUUGCCGCAGACUCGACCGACCAUUACUACAUCAACAUCUAGACCAGUAUCUUAAAGUUAUAGAGGAGAGCGGCUGCGGCUUCGUGCGCCGCAGCGGCGAGGCGGGCGGCGGGCAGCUGGUGGUGCGCUGCGCGGCGGCCGCGCGGCGCCUGGCCGCCGCCGCCGUGGAGCACGUCAUCACCGAGCGGCUCGGGGACCACGCCGCCAGGAUAUUCCGUCUGAUUUGCUCGAAAAAGUACAUAGAGGAAGACGACAUCCAGAAACACGCCAUGCUGCCCAACAAGGAGUGUAAGGAGCUCACCUACAAGCUGUUGGAACAGAACUUCAUCAGUGUACAGCCGAUGAGAAAAGCGGCGUCUUCCGGCGGGAUGGCGAAGGCGAUUUAUUUGUACCACGUGAAAUUACAUGAUGUCGCCCAGACAGCAGCGCAGAUGUGCUACCUGUCGCUGCACAACGUGUGCGUCCGCGGCGGCAGCGAGCGCGCGCGCCACGCGCGGCUGCUGGACAAGCAGCGCCGCGUGCGCACGCUGGUGCACUCCAUGCGGCUGCGCGGUGAGCCGCAGCGGAACAUUGACGACGUAGAAGAAACGCUGACACCCCCUGAAGUGGCGUUACUGCAAGGCAUAGAGAAACGACUCAAGCAACUGAGUGCCGCAGAAUUAGAGCUUGAUAAAAAUCUAUUUGUACUCAAAUGGUACUUUAUGUACCCACACUGACGGUUAUUCAAUUUAUUUAUAACAUAUUUAUAAAAUGCCAUCGUUAAUACCAAAAGGUAAAGGAUUCUAUUUUGCUGUCAAACUACUCGGGAAGUAGUAUAUUAACAAUUAUCUGAAAUGUAUUUGCUAAGCAAAAAAUCGCAACAUUAAAAUUCAUUUUUAAGGACUACAAUAAAAAACAUUGUUAU